AAUAAACACGUCAAUUAUAAGCUAAACUGAAUAUUUUAGUGUUCUUACGAAGAAUAUUUUCCCGGUGUCCGCAUAAGACACAACAAUUUCUAUCAUACAAUACUCUAGCAUCACACUUGAACGCCAUGAACAUUGUCAUUUAUAGUGGUAAUGGAACAUCACCAAAUGCUGUUCACCAAACACAUCGAACUCUCAAGCUCUUACUUGGUCAUGCCUAUGAUGUGAUUAAGGUGGAUGCUAAGACCUUACAAAAUGAGCCAUGGGAAGAAGGCUGCUCAAUGAUAGUUAUUCCUGGCGGUAGAGAUCUACCCUACUGUGAAGAUCUUGAUGGCGAAGUCAACGCUCGCAUGCGACGUUAUGUUGCCGGUGGCGGGCGCUAUCUUGGACUGUGUGCAGGUGCAUAUUAUGCUUCUCAAUCGAUUGAAUUUGAAAAAGGAACACCAAUGGAAAUUACAGGCCCAAGAGAACUUGGAUUCUACCCUGGAAUCUCGAGAGGUACCAUGUAUCCUGGAUUUGUAUACAACAGUGAAAAGGGUGCACGCGUUGUACCGAUUGACUUGAAUACAAAUUCGUUGUCCGUCAAAGAUUACUCUGGACUACCUGAGGGACUCAAGGUCUAUUACAAUGGAGGUGGAUACUUUGUUAAUGCCGUGGAGAAAGAGGAUGUGGAAGUUUUGGCCUGGUAUAGUGAAAAGGGCCACAGUCAAGAAGAAAAAACUGCAGCAGCAGUUUUGUGUCACAUUGGCCAAGGAAGUGCAGCAUUGAUGGGUAUCCACCCAGAGUACGAUGUCAGUACUAUGGACUUAUCCGAAGCUGGAAAAGACACAAGCUUUAUUCAGCAGUUGGUCAUAUCAGAUCAAGCAAGAAAAACAUUUUUGUGCGCCGUAUUUUCCAAGAUGGGACUGAAGACAGCAGGGUAUGAAACCAAAGGCACCACACUCGAAAUCAAAGAAAAUACAGUACCAGCAUUGACACCUAUAUACUUGGCUACUCUUCGCGCUGAAGUCACCAAGUCUAUAGCAUGUUCGCUUCUUGAAAAAGCAGACACUACCACCCAUAUACUGGCUGAUGUCAACGAUAGAUUUCAGCUUUUGCCUAUGGAAGAAUCGUCUCUUUCUGCACAAAUGUCCUCUCUUACACUUCAAAACAACGCCAAUAAUACGGACGAGGAAAAGCCAUUGACACAGAUAGUCUACUCUACAAACACAGACAGUGAUCCAAAGGCACCAGUAUUUCCAUCACGUUCUCUUACCCCUUCGUUUAAUAUACAAGAAUAUUUUGCUUCUUUGAGCGAGAAAAGAAGUCAUGAAUGGGGAGGAGGAGGCUGGUAUAGAUUUGGAAACUCCAUGUUGUACUCACAAGUUAUUACCAGUACUCAAACUGUGCUGGAUAGAAAUUAUACUUUCUCCCAGUCUCUACCUACAGGUCUAGUCUGUUUGGCAGCUAAUCAAAUUGCUGGAAGAGGUCGUGGUCGGAACGCAUGGGUGUCUCAAGAAGGAGCUUUACAGUUUAGUCUGGUUGUUCGGCACAAUCUUGGUUUGACAAAAGCUCCUGUGGUAUUUAUACAAUAUAUCAUUGCUCUCGCUGUUGUAGAGAGUAUCAGGACUCGUGACGGCUAUGAAGGUGUUCCCCUUCGUCUCAAAUGGCCCAAUGAUAUAUACGUAGACCUCCCCGGACCCGAAGGAGGUCUUAAGAAGGUGGGUGGGUUGUUGGUCAACUCCAGUUUUGUUAAGGACGAGUUUCUCCUAGUGAUCGGAUGUGGUAUAAACCUUGCCAAUCCCCAUCCAACUGUGUCUAUCAACGAUGUCAUCCAGAACCAUAAUCCUUCUUUGCGCCGAUUAUCGCCAGAGGAUACACUUUCGGGGAUUAUGGUUCAUUUCGAAAAAAUGUAUCUUGAGUUUUGUGAAAAGGGUAUGGGAAGCUGGUUCCUUGAUAAGUACUACCAACGUUGGUUGCACAGUAACAAGCUUGUUACUUUGACAACCCACGACGAUGUACGCGCUCGAAUUACUGGGAUCACAAGUGAUUAUGGCAUGCUUGAGGCAGUGAGUCUGGAAGACAGCCGUAAAAAGUUCACACUUCAACCAGACGGCAAUAGUUUCGAUAUGCUCAAGGGGCUAAUUAUCAAAAAGGCAUAAUAUAAUCCACCAUACUUUGUUCUUUAUUCUCUG